AAGGUGUUCCGAACAGAAACGAUCACGUUUUUUUUAAACUAUUAUGUUUCCACCGCCCGUCACGUGACUGAAUGCGGAAGCAGCUCUCAAACACAGCGUGACCUCAAAAGCACGACCGAGCACGUUUACCGGAGAUCAGCUGCGAGACCGUCUGAUCUCUGACCCGAUGGAUCCGGAUCUGCUGCUCUGGAGGACGCGGAGUCCGUCGUUCUUCAGCCGCGCUCGGAUGUGGUUGAACCUCCUGGAUCCGUCUUUGCUUCUGGCGUCUGACGCUGAAAUAGUGAAGGCCCGUGCUCUUCUCAGCGGUGAAGAAAAGCUGCAUGAAGAGGAGGAAGCUGCAGUGACCCUCUGUCUAUCUUCUGUUCACGCCGAUUGUGGCGACGUUCUUCCUCUGGUUUUCCGCGCUCCAGCGUUUCUGCCCAUAGCUGGACCCAUGGUUGUUGCUGCUCUUUUACCUCACAGAAGCGUCAAAGCGGCUCUGUUUUGGCAGUUCUUACUGCAGAGUUACAACGCCGGCUUCAGCCACGCCAACAGAAACUCUUCAGCAGAGCAGGUUCGGCGGACGUCCCCGAAUCAUCUGCUGCUCAUCACAGGAACAGUUUCUUAUGCAGCAGUGGCAGCAGCCUUUCCACAGAUUUUACUCAACAGACUGGGAAUCAGAAGUUUGGCGGUGCAGACCGUCUGCAGGUCCGUGCUCCCCAUCCCGCUGUCAGCCGCGCUGGCCUUCCUCAACGUGUUCACUGUCAGGAGUGAGGAGAUGGAAACCGGGAUCCGCGUGUUCGAUUCCCGUGGAAACCCUGUUGGGAUGUCUAAAGCAGCUGGAAAAAAGGCUGUGAAGGAAACGGCGUUAUCAAGAGCGGCACUUUUGGGCACAGCCGCCGCAGUUCCUAAUUUACUGCUCCUGUUCUUACAGAGGACCGCAUUCUUCCAGAGGAACCCUAUGCUGGCGGCGCCCUGCCGUCACGUCAGCGCCGUGCUGGUCUUCGGUCUGAUGAUUCCCGCCUCCUUCAGCCUCUUUCCUCAGCUGGGAACGAUUAAAAGGGAGAACCUGGAGGCGGAGCUUCAGGCUGGCGUGAUCGGCACAGAACUUUUUUACCACAGAGGACUGUAAAGAUGACAGCAGCCACGUCUUCUCCAUGACGUCACAGCAGACGACCACUUCAGGAUAAAACUUUAUUGAGCUGUGGACUAAGACAAGAGACGAGCUUCUUACAGGUUUCAUGUCUGAAGGCAGAACAGCGUGAAUAAAAGCCGCCGUGUUCACCACCCUGCAGGAAAAGCCAAUCAAAAGCAUCCAUCAGAUUUAGAAAUGUGUUCAAAGCAGAUCAUCUGAGGCUCUGAUGCCAUUAAGGAAAUAGAAAAUUAUUAAAACUGUUUUAUGCACACAUGA